AGCAAGGGAAGAGAGAAAGGUCUAGAAAAUCACUUUGCUGAAAUAAAAAGGAAAGUAUUUGUUUAUUUAUAACUGGCAAAAUGAUCUGUUUCAGUUGCGUGUUUUCUUUGUACUUUGAUCUUUUUAAACUGAUAUUUAAGCUUCUGUUUUAUAAUCUCUUUCUAGUGAUAGAACCAGAUCUCUUGGAAACCACUUUAAUCAGACUUAAGAGCUUGAAAGAAGCAGGUGCUGAACUUCUAUUUGUCCCCUGAACAAGAAAAAUGGGCUGUGAUAGAAACUGUGGACUCAUCGCUGGGGCUGUCAUUGGUGCAGUCUUGGCUGUGUUUGGAGGUAUUCUAAUGCCAGUUGGAGACAUGAUUAUUGAGAAGACAAUUAAAAAGGAAGUUGUCCUUGAGGAAGGCACAAUUGCUUUUAAAAACUGGGUUAAAACAGGUACUGAAGUUUACAGACAGUUUUGGAUCUUUGAUGUGCAAAAUCCACAAGAAGUGGCAGUUAAUAGCAGUAACCUUAAGGUUAAGCAAAGAGGACCUUACACAUACAGAGUUCGUUAUCUAGCCAAGCAAAAUGUAACUCAGGACCCUGAAAGCCACACAGUCUCCUUUGUACAGCCCAACGGCGCCAUCUUUGAACCUAAGCUAUCAGUUGGGACAGAGAAUGACACUUUCACAGUUCUCAAUCUGGCUGUAGCAGCUGCACCCCACAUCUACCAAAAUGCAUUUGUUCAGGUGAUACUCAAUUCACUUAUCAAAAAAUCAAAAUCUUCUAUGUUCCAAACCAGAACUGUGAAAGAGCUGUUGUGGGGCUACAAGGAUCCAUUCUUAAGUUUGGUUCCAUAUCCUGUUGAUACUACAGUUGGUGUAUUUCAUCCUUACAACAAUACUGUAGAUGGAGUUUAUAAAGUUUUCAAUGGAAAAGACAACAUAAGCAAAGUUGCCAUAAUUGACACUUAUAAAGGUAAAAAGAAUCUCUCCUACUGGCCAAGUUAUUGUGACAUGGUUAAUGGCACAGAUGCAGCCUCAUUCCCUCCUUUUAUUGAGAAGACCCGGGUGUUGCAGUUCUUUUCCUCUGACAUAUGCAGGUCAAUCUAUGCUGUGUUUGGAUCUGACAUUAAUCUGAAAGGAAUUCCAGUGUAUAGAUUUGUUCUUCCAUCCAAAGCCUUUGCGUCUCCAAGUCAAAAUCCAGACAACCAUUGUUUCUGCACAGAAAAAAUUAUUUCAAUGAAUUGUACAUUAUAUGGUGUGCUAGAUAUUGGCAAAUGCAAGGAAGGAAAACCUGUGUACAUUUCACUUCCUCAUUAUCUACAUGCAAGCCCAGAGAUUACAGAAAAUAUUGAAGGUUUACAUCCAAAUGAAGAAGAACAUAGGACAUAUUUGGAUGUUGAACCUAUAACUGGAUUCACUUUACGAUUUGCAAAACGGUUGCAAGUCAAUAUAUUGGUCAAGCCAGCAAAAAAAAUUGAGGCAUUGAAGGGUCUGAAGAAGAAUUAUCUUGUGCCUAUCCUUUGGCUUAAUGAGACUGGUACCAUUGGCGAUGAGAAAGCAGAAAUGUUCAGAAAUCAAGUGACUGGAAAAAUAAACCUCCUUGGCCUGGUUGAAAUGGUCUUGCUUGGUGUUGGUGUGGUGAUGUUUGUUGCCUUUAUGAUUUCAUACUGUGUAUGCAGAUCAAAGAAAGUAAAAUAAGUAAGUAUAUGUAAAAGAAAUGUACUGUUGCAAUAACAUUCACUUAUAUAUUAUUUGCUUCCAUUUUGUCAACUAGAGGUUAAAAAUUAG